AUGAUAACCGACAUCUACUCCCUUCCACUCGUCACUCAAGUCGGUGAACCCCUUGACGAAACCGUGGAGAGAGUAGUGGAGAGCGUCCAGUUCUCUAUCAUUUGCUUCACCCUCCCAUUCUAUAUGUUCAUCACGUACUUCAUGUUGGAUGCCCUUCAAAGAGGAAUCGAUGAGUUGUCAACGCCAUUCUUCCGGCUAUGCAUCACAACUGCAUUCAUUGAUAUAUGGACCCUGCUCAACAACUACCUCGGCGCAAUGUUCCCAAAAUGGGGAUGGGGAACGAAAGUUUAUUUGUUCAUGGAUGGGUAUUAUGCACAUACUUAUUUAUAUUUUGCAUGGGCGUCUGGUAUCUGCCAAGCAAUGUGUGUCUCUCUUCUGGCUACCAAUCGAGUCUCCGCUAUCAUUUUCCCACAAAGACACUCUCGAAUGUGGACCUCCACACGUCUCCGAGUCGCCAUUGCCAUCCAAUUUCUUCCCGGUCUUAUUGCUGGUCUCGCCACGUUUUUCAAUGAAACCCAGCUAUAUAGAAACACUAAAAAUGGAUUAGUUCCAAGGUUCAAAAGUGAGAUAUUCAUCGCCGUCUUGUUCGGAAUAGCUGGUGCAUUUCUUGCUACAGUAUGUAUAUAUCUGAUUAUGGCGUACUGUUAUCUACUGUUUAUGUUGAGGAAGAGUAGCAAUGCGAUAAAAAACACUCAAUUCGCAAAAUCCCGUGCAGUUAUCAAGAAGAAAGAAGUCAAACUAUUCAUUAUGAGUAGUAUCACUGUGACUAUCCAAAUGUCAAUCCUUGUCCUUGUUAUCAUCUACGCCACGUCACUUCUUAAUUUCCCACUCGACAAGUUUUAUUUGUUUUAUAAUGCGAUAAGUGAUCUCUACGCGGGCAUCAAUCCAUAUCUUCUCUGGAUCUUCUCUGAUUCUUUGAGAAAACAUAUUUAUAUUCGACUCGGACUGAAGAAGAAGAGAAAAGUGCCGAGCUCGUCGGUGGUUACUGUUAAUUAA